UAAAACAAGAGCAGAUUGAUACAUUUGUUGUCCUACUGACAUGUCAAAAGUAUCACUUGUUCACAAUGUUUUUGCUCUAUCAGCUCCACAACAUGAACAUUUAUUAUGUGAAAUAGAAUCUACUGAUACCAGUAGUGUAGGUCUUGUUAUAAGGGCGAUUUACGAUGGACACGAACAUCAGAAGUUUAUGGAAAAAUUGGAUGAGAGAAUCAAAAGUCAUGACAAGGAAAUUGAACGAAUGUGCAAUCAUCAUUACCAAGGGUUCAUCGAUUCUAUUCGAGAACUUCUACAAGUUAGAUCACAAGCCCAGCAGUUAAAUAUGGAAAUACUGGAUCUAGACAAGAGGAUCAGCGAAUCAACAACUCAAGUGAUAGAAAAAGGAGAAGAAUUAGUCAAAGCUAGAAAAGUCGAAAGUAAUAUAGCUGCUGCUAUUGAUAGUUUAACAAUGUGUCUACCAGUUCUUGCAGCUUACGCUAAGCUUCAAAGACAGUUGAAAGAUAAACGAUAUUAUCCAGCGUUGAAGACCCUAGAGCACCUUGAGAAUUAUGAUCUUCCGAAAGUAACCAACUACAGAUUUUCAUCACAAAUAACUGAACAAAUACCUCUUUUAAGAGAAAAUAUCAAAGAUGCUUCCAUGUCUGAUUUACGAUUCUUUCUAGAGAAUAUCAGGAAGUAUUCUCCGAAAAUUGGAGAAGUAGCAAUGAGGCAUAGUGCAGAGCAGUUAGUUAAUGAAGCAGAAAUUACUGGUAAGAAGAAGAAAAAAAUUCAAACAAGUCCAGUUAUUAAUGAAGGAGAAGAAGAAUUAAGUGCCCAAGAUUUGAUGGAUUUCAGUCCUGUUUAUAGAUGUAUGCAUAUUUAUACAGUGCUUCGAGAAGGAGAAACAUUUAAGACUUAUUAUCAACAACAGAGGAAACAGCAAGCUAGACUAGUUCUUCAGCCACCCAUCAAUAUGCAUGAAAGCAUUGUCGGGUAUCAAGCAUACAUUCAUAGCAUCGUUGGUUUCUUUGUUGUUGAAGACCAUAUUUUGAACACUGGAAAUGGGUUAGUAACUCGUUCAUACUUGGAAGAUUUAUGGGCAAAUGCUUUAUCUAAAAUAGUCAAUGCUUUGAGAACCCAUUCAGCUUAUUGUACUGACGCUACUUUGAUUUUAAAAAUCAAAAAUCUUAUCAUGUUGUUCAAUACAACAUUGAGAAAUUAUGGGUAUCCUGUUGGACAACUUUGGGAUCUUCUACAAGAAAUACGAGUGCAUUAUAAUGAAGUAUUAAUGCAACAUUGGGUUCAAUUAUUCAGAGACAUUCUUGAUGAGGACAAUUUCUUACCAAUUCAAGUAUCAACACAAUCUGAUUAUGAUGUCGUAGUUCAAUCAUUUCCUUAUCAUGAUGCUGAAUUAGAAAAAGCAGAGUUUCCUAAAAAAUUCCCCUUCUCAGCGAUGGUUCCAAAGGUUUAUCAUCAAGUGAAAGAAUUCAUUUACGCAUGUUUAAAAUUCUCAGAGGAUUUAAAUUUAACACAAACAGAAAUUGACGAAAUGAUUACAAAAUCAACGAAUUUAUUAUUAACUAGAACUUUCAGUGGUUGUUUAUCAUCACUAUUUCGCAAACCAUCGUUAGCACUUCUUCAAGUAGUGCAGAUAAUUAUUAAUACAGGAUAUCUGGAAAAAUCAACACAAUAUCUAGAAGAAUUUGUCUCCAAUAUUACUGGAACACCUCAUGAAGGUCAACUUAGUUGUCAAGGAGUUAAAUCUGCAAUGUUUAGAGUAGCUAGGGAUGAUGCAGAAAAACAAAUUUGUGAUAAACUUAAAAGAAAAAUUGAUGAAUUUUUAGAGCUAGAAAAUUAUGAUUGGAAUUUAGCAGAACCCCAAGGCCAUGCUUCAGGCUUCAUUACUGAUCUUAUAGCAUUUUUGCAAAGUACUUUCACAUGCUUUACAAAUUUACCAGCAGAGGUUGCACAAGUGGCAUGCAAGUCAGCUUGUAGCCAUAUUGCUGAAGCCAUUCUAAACAUUCUUAUUAGUGAUGAUCUAAAGCAAAUAUCAAUGGGUGCGCUUCAGCAAGUUAAUUUAGAUACAAUUCAAUGCGAACAAUUCGCAGCUUCCGAACCAGUCUUAGGUUUACCUGAAGGUUCUUUAUUAGCGUACUUUGCUAGAUUAAGACAAUUAUUAGAUUUAUUUAUGAGCUGGGACUGGCCAACGUAUUUCCACGAUUAUGGCCAUGAAUCAAGUAAAUACCAUCUAGUAACACCGAAUAUGGCAGUGUUAUUGCUUGAAAAAUUACGAGAAUCUGACAAAAAAACAGUUUUCUCAGUACUCAAGAAAAGUGAAAGGGAUAAGAAAAAGUUGUUGGAGACAGUCUUGAAGCAAUUGCGACAGUUAGCACAGACCACUCAACAAUAAAAGAUAAUUAUAAUACUUAGAAUCUAUUUAAAUUAUUUUUUUGAUAAGCAACGUAAUUGUAGAUAUAUGAAUUAUAUUUUGAUGAUACGAUUAAGCACCGUUGUUUAUCUAAUUUUAUGUAUUUAGUAUUUAUAUAAUAAUUUUACAAAUAAUAAAUUUAAUGAUACUCUGAAAAAUUAUGUUUCUUACGGACUCACUCAUGCACAUCGAGCACUGAGUAUUUAAUGCCAGUUAUUGAUUAGCUAUAUAAUGUUCAUAUUAUGUGAUUU